AGUUGGUUACUGGCCGUCUUUGCAUGCACACGAUUGCUUCACUCCAAUAACUAUUCACUAGAAUACAGUUCAGUUACUAUAACUAGACUAGAAUUGACGGCGACCUUGAACGAUGUCCGAGGACGAGAUCCGGCUGAUCGAGGUGGUGAAACGGUUCAACGUGCUCUACGACCUGACUGCCACUGACUACAAGGACCACAAUGUCAGAGACGCCGCCUGGGAACAGGUUGCUGCACAAUUGGCAAUCACUAAAGAGGAAUGCAAAGAACGCUGGUCAAAGCUGCGCAAUUGUUUCACGAACGCGUUGAAACGACGCCGCUUCAAACGCGGCAGCACGGGACGCCCGAUGCCGCCCUGGAAGUAUGAGAGUCAGAUGUCGUUCCUGCUGCCCUACAUGCAGGGCAAGGCCAUCUCGGGCGACUUCUAUGACGUCGACGCCUACAAGGAUGAUGUCGAGGUGGAUCUGAUGACGGCGACGCCGGCAGUCGAGCUUGGCAACGGCGACAGCUCGCCCAGCUAUGUCGUGAUGCGGUCGCCGACACCCGAGGACAGUAUCGCGUCCAAUCACCUCAACGGCGGUGUCGACACUGUCUACAGGAGGAUGCACCAUACAAAGCAUUCUACAAACGGUGUCUACCAUCCACCAGAAUUGGACGAGAAUGAUCACUUUUUCCUGAGCAUGAGCAAAUCACUGAAGAGGCUGCCGGCCAUCAGUCAGGCUCGAAUCAAAAUGGAUUUGCACCGUGCCAUAUACAAAGCAGAAAUGAGCCUUCUAGAAAAUCUGGAACAGCAAGAUGCAAUGUCCUGUUCCCCUGCGGUUAAUAUUAAACGAGAAUAGCAUAAGCCUUGUUACGUUAUUUUUUAUACUUCUCAAUAUGUGCCUUUAAUUUUUGUAAAUUUGUGUAAUCACAGCAAGAUGCAAUGUCCUGUUCCCCUGCGGUUAAUAUUAAACGAGAAUAGCAUAAGCCUUGUUACGUUAUUUUUUAUACUUCUCAAUAUGUGCCUUUAAUUUUUGUAAAUUUGUGUAAUCUUUUAAAUUUUUAUUAAGACAUUUUUACACUUUGUAA